AACAACAGCCCAGACCGCCCUCAACUCUGCUCAACUCUGCUCAGCUCUCAACUCUGCGGCUGCCGAAGUCGGGUCGAUUUUACUUUCGUCAUUUUGCCUUCCUCCGCUCAUCUCCUCCUCAAUCUCUGCUUCCUCGCCAUCACCCCACCACCACCACCGCCUCCUCCUCCUCCUCCUCCUCUCUUCACCACCCUCCCUACUGUCAAUGCACAAUGGUUGGCGUAGCGGGUGGCAGCAGAGGCUGCGACAGCUGUAAGCGCCGCAAGAUCAAGUGCGACGAAACCUUCCCCAGAUGUCUGCGCUGCAUCAAGUCAAACAGAGAAUGCAGCGGCCCCGUCGUCGGCCCCGUCUUCCGCAAGCAACGCGUCGGCAGCGGUGGCAGCGGAACACCGCUCGACGUGGAUCAGCCUGGCUCCUUCAUCCCCGCCCCGGACGCCGUCGCCCACAAGCGGCGCAGGAAACGCAUCAUCGAAGGCCUGCAUCCAGUGCCCGUCGCCGGAGCUGGUCCCAAAUCAAUAGCGUCUGCACCGCAAUCCUCUCUCUCCGCCAGUCCCCCCAGUCUGCCUCACCAGCUCGCUCUCUUCCCCGAAUACGACCUCUACAACUACUGCGUCAACCUCUACAUCAACUGGUUCUCUCGCGUCGGCCAUCCCCGUCGCUUUCAUGGCGACGAAAGCAUCCUCAGCUGGGCUACCUCUCUCCCCAUGUUCGCCCUCUCCCUCACUCCCUCCACAACCACCUACGCCGCGCGCGCCCUCCUUAUCUCCCACAUCGGCAUCAUCCUCCGCAACUCUGAAAUCGAGCUCAUCGGCGCAAACUGGUACGUCCAAGCUCUGCAACACCAGAAAGACGUCAUCGGCCUCAUAUCUCGCGAUUCCGUCUCGAGCUCGUCCGUCUCUUCCUCCGGUAGCUCGCCCUGCACCGGCUCUACCGCCUCUGACUCACCUCCUUAUUCAUCAACAAUCAUGGAAUGGGCUUCGAGCGAAAAUCCCGUCAUCCCAAAAUUGGAACACUACAGCCCUCUACUCCCCGAAAACUCCACCCUGCCCGCUCUCCCGAAGCUCGAAGACGGCUCCGUCAGCCCCGACAGGUUCCGCGCCAUGAAGGGCAACGAAAUGUCAUCAGAAGAUGACACUAUCGUCGCCGGCAUGCUCUUGGCCGUCUACGAGCUUUUCAAAUUUUCAUCCUCCACCUCUUGGAUCAAUCUGCUCAACGGCGCCAGCGAGCUCAUGCGUUACAGAGGUCCUUACGCCUACCGCAGCGGCUUUAAUUUCGCCAUCUUCCAGAGCAUGCGUGGCAUGAUGACUCUCAGAGCAAUCACAUCUCGCCAGAAGACUUUUUUGAGCGAACCCCUAUGGAGAACUGUUCCGUGGCAGUACAGCCAAAAGACAAUCCACCACCGACUCCUCGAUCUGACUUGCGAAAUACCAAACUACGAAGAAGCCUUUGACGAACUCUUCAUGUUUGCCUUCAGCAAAGACCCGAGCGAACCUGGCGACCUACCUACUCCCAGUGGCCAAAGAAUACCUCGUCUACGCGAGCGGUUCUGCAAUCCUGAGAUUUGGAUACAUCUGCGUACCCUAUCUGCACAGCUUGACGGCAUAAGUCGUUCCAUGGAUGAUUGGUUAAGGGAGUAUGUCGUUGACGCUCAGGAAUAUGCGACUCGCACCCGAAGAGGUCCGCCCGGCCAGCUCAAGUUUGACUCCAUGACCGGCGCUCCCGUCACUGUCGAGAAUCGGUGCCCUCAGUUCCAAUCCGACGAAGAGUGGAGCAGAGCUCAUUUUUUCCACCCAGCAAUCUUCUACACCUCACUACACGACGCCAGACUGAUGACGAUGUAUUAUUCCGUAAAGAUCGUCAUCUGCUACCUGCAGGAACUAGCAGCGCCAUCGUUGUUCUAUGAGUUUAAUGACUACUUUGGCGGGCAGCAGACAAUCACAGACUCUCUCGACUCGCCUGCAUGCCAACUGCGCGCCUUUGUUGCUGAGCAACGAAAAACGAGAGCGCAGGCAACAGACGUUAUAUGCAGGUCCAUGGCUUACUUUCUGUCUCGAAAUUCCAACGCUGCAAUCAUGAGUCUAUUGUUUCCGAUCGGCGUCGAGCAUACCACUUUAGUCGACCCCUAUGAGAGAGGGUGGAUCUGGAACCAGCUCCAGAGAGUUCAUGGUCGAUUAAAGGCAAUGGGGAAAAGCACUCCGCAGUCUGAGUCUGAAACAAACGGCGGAUUCAUCCUGAAAGAGUUGGAUGCAGCCGAAUGCAUGAAGGAAUUGAAUAUGUUUAGGAGUCUCCCUGUCUGCCAAGGAUGUGGAGAGCACAUCAGACUACCAGCUCUGUGAUUUUCUUUUGUUGUUUUCUUUGUUUCUUGUAUAGGAUAUUUUGGCGGGUUUUGGAAGGCUUUUCAAAAUUUUGAGCGCGGGGUAACAACUUGCAGGUAAUUUGUGAUAUUUUGGCUUGGUUUAUUGGGGUUUCUGUAUUAUUAUAAGCACUGUUAUUUAUACUAUUACUAUUGUUGUAUUAUUUUACUGUUGUGUGGCGAUUAUUUCUCUUUAAUAUCAUGUUUCUUGAACUU